AUGUCGGGUGGCACGCUGUCCAGCGACUUCGAGAUGCUCAAGGCGCACUUGUUGGACAUCCUCCGGGCCCACGAGGGCAUGCGCGUCUUUUCCCCCAGGGAGGACGGCUCCACGCAGGAGAUGGUGCUGCUGCCCCGCGCGGCUUUGAAGGUCCUGGAUGCCGCCGAGGAGUACCGCAUGAAGGGGCCUUCGCACUUCUCGAAGGUGGUGGACCUGGUGGAGAAGAUGGACAACUACGAGAUGAUGGUCACGGGCCGGGUGCUGCAGGAGAUCUUGGUGCAAGCGGGGCUUGCGGAGGCCCACCACCGGCUGAGGGCCUUCAACAAGUCCGUGUCCCAAGAGAAGCAAGAGAUCCGGAACGUGGAGGACUCCUCCAUUGUGAGCUUCAAGGGCACCUUCGAGAAGAUGCUGCAGACGGGGAAAACCCCCCAGCAGAUCCGGGAGGCCAUGAUCAACCAGAAGAUCGAGCUGGUGCUGACGGCGCACCCCACGGAGGCACAAAGGCGCUCGGCGCUGAAGAAGCACGAGGAGAUGCUGCAGCAGAUGAAGGUGCAUGACGGCAAGGACCAGCUCACACCUGGGCAGCUGCAGGAGCUGAACGAGAAGAUCCGCGCCAUCCAGUGGAGCUGCUGGCGCACCAACACCGUGCGCCGCACUCGGCCCACCCCGGAGGGCGAGGCGCGCAACGGCAUGCUGGUCAUCGAGGACACGGUUUGGAAGGCGGUGCCGGAGCACUACCGGCGCCUGGAUCGGUGCUUGAAGCGCAUCGGAGCGGAGGGCCUGCCCCAGGAAUGCUCCAUCCUGAAGAUGAGCAGCUGGAUGGGUGGUGACCGGGAUGGGAACCCCAACGUCACAUGGAAGGUCACCGAGCAGGUGGUGACGCUUCUGCGGUGGCGCAUCGUGGAGCUCUACUACCGGGAGGUGGAUGAGCUGCUGUACGAGCUCUCCAUGACUGGGGAGGUGAGUCAGGAGAUGAAGGACGAGGUGGAGCGUGUGAGCUCCAUGUGGGCGAUUUCGGUGUCCGGCCAGAAGGUCUGCCGCCCCGACGCCCGGAGUGGCGUCCACUGGAACUUCCACACGGGGGUGGCGGCGGACGAGCCCUACCGCCGCCUGCUCAUGGCGAUCCGGCGCAGGUGCUACAGGACCAAGGCGUCGAUGGAGGCCAAGUACCUUGGCAUGCCCAUCGAUGAGGACUUCGAGCAGGAGGUGCUCACGUCCUCGGAGGAGCUCACGCGGCCCUUGGAGAUCAUGUACCGUUCCCUGAUAGAGAACGGCGACGAGAUCGUGGCGAACGGCCGGCUGUUGGACCUCAUCCGCCGGGUGAGGACCUUCGGCAUCUCCAUGGCGUGCCUGGACGUGCGUCAGGAGUCGGACCGCCACGCCGAGGUCUUGGACACCCUCACCGAGUUCCUGGGCCUGGGUAAGUUCACCACCUGGAGAAAGAGGAGGAGAAGUGCAAGUGGUUGGUGGAGGAGAUCGACGACAUUGUGGCGGAGAUCAUCCAGAGGACCUACCAGACCAUCUCCCAGCUGCCAAAGGAGGCCUUGGGUGCCUACGUGA